GUGCACACACAGUCAUACACACACAUACACACACUCCUUCUCCGUCUCUAUCUCUGAGACGUACACACAGGGCUCCUCUCUCUUCACUCGCCAGCUCUACCUUCGCUGUGACAACACCACCACACCUCAGCUCUGUAAGCUUAGCUAGCUACCUUGCCUCUAACAGAGAGCCUUGUCAAUCUGUUAGCUAGCUACCUUCCCUGUAACAGCAAGCCUUGUUAAUCUUGCUUUGGAGAGACUAGAGGGUGAAGGGAUCCUUCUGGAAAAUGGACACAGACAAUCUGGAGUGGUACACUAAGAACGAUGCCGACGUGAAGAUAAAAAUGUCCCAGGUGAAACAGGUGGGCCUGCUGGCUGCCGGGUGCCAGCCCUGGAACAAAGAUGUGUGUGCUGCCAGUGGAGACCGGUUUGCUUACUGUGCAACACUCGCUAUAUAUGUCUACAAGUUGGACCACAGAUACAAUGAGUUCAAGCUUCGAGCCAUCAUGUCAGAGCACAAGAAGACCAUCACGGCCAUAUCGUGGUGCCCACACAACCCCGAGGUGUUCGCCAGUGCCAGCGCUGACAACCUGCUCAUCAUCUGGAAUGUGGCAGAGCAGAAGAUUGUGGCCAGGCUGGAUAACACCAAAGGCAUCCCAGCGUCUCUGAGCUGGUGCUGGAACGCGGGUGACGGUGUGGCGUUUGUGUCCCACCGGGGCCCUCUCUACCUGUGGGCCAUCAGUGGGCUGGACGCCGGCGUUACCGUCCACAAGGAGGCACACAGCUUCCUGUCCGACAUCUGUCUGUUCCGCUGGCACCCCGUCAAGAAGGGCAAGGUGGCGUUCGGACACACGGACGGGAGCCUCUCCAUCUUCCAGCCAGGAUCUAAAAACCAGAAGCACGUGUUGCGCCCGGAGUCUUUAGAGGGGACAGACGAGGAGGACCCGGUCACAGCAUUGGAGUGGGACCCCCUGUCUACAGACUACCUCCUAGUGGCCAACUUGCAUAAUGGCAUCAGAAUGGUAGACUCAGAGGGGCUGACCUGUGUCACUACCUUCAGCUUCCCCAGUUCAGCUGCCUCAGUACAGUGUCUGGCCUGGGUCCCCAGCGCACCCGGCAUGUUCAUCACUGGAGAUUCUCAAGUUGGUGUGUUGAGGAUAUGGAACGUGUCAAGAUCUACACCUCUUGACAACUUCAAACUGAAGAAGACCGGCUUCCAUGCUUUACAUGUGUUAAACUCUCCCCCAGCCAAGAAAUCCAUGAGCUCCGUCUCCCCGACAAAGAACCACCACACGUCAUCCACCAGUGAGGCUGUUCCUCCUCCUACUCUAUCCCAGAACCAGGCCUUCUCCCUCCCCCCGGGCCACGCUGUCUGCUGCUUCAUGGACGGAGGGGUGGGGCUCUACGACAUGGGAGCCAAGAAGUGGGACUUCCUACGAGACCUGGGUCAUGUUGAGACCAUAUUUGACUGUAAGUUCAAGCCAGACGACCCCAACCUGUUGGCGACAGCCUCGUUUGACGGGACCAUUAAGGUGUGGGACAUCAACACCCUCACGGCAGUGUAUACCUCUCCCGGCAACGAGGGUGUGGUCUACUCUCUGUCCUGGGCUCCUGGAGACCUGAACUGCAUAGCCGGAGCCACGUCCCGGAACGGUGCAUUCAUCUGGGAUGUGAAGAAAGGCAAGAUGAUCACACGAUUCAAUGAACAUGGGAAGAGUGGGAUCUUCUGUAUCGCAUGGAGCCAUAAGGACUCUAAAAGAAUAGCUACGUGUAGCGGGGAUGGCUUUUGCAUUAUAAGGACUAUCGAUGGCAGGGUCUUACACAAGUACAAGCACCCUGCUGCUGUGUUUGGUUGUGACUGGAGCCAGAAUAACAAAGACAUGAUAGCCACGGGUUGUGAGGAUAAGAACGUGCGUGUGUACUACCUGGCCACCAGUUCUGACCAGCCACUCAAGGUGUUCACGGGUCACCUGGCCAAGGUGUUCCACGUGCGCUGGUCUCCUCUCCGAGAGGGUAUUCUCUGCAGUGGCUCCGAUGACGGGACUGUGCGUAUCUGGGACUAUACCCAGGAUGCCUGUAUCAAUGUGCUGAGUGGUCACACGGCGCCGGUCCGAGGCCUGAUGUGGAACACGGAGGUGCCCUACCUUCUGACCAGCGGUAGCUGGGACUACACCAUCAAAGUCUGGGACACCAGGGACGGAACCUGCCUGGACACCUGCUACGACCAUGGAGCUGAUGUUUAUGGCCUGACCUGCCACCCCAGCCGUCCCUUCACCAUGGCCUCAUGUUCCCGGGACUCUACAGUCAGGCUGUGGUCCCUCACUCCGCUCAUCGCUCCGCUCCUGGUCAACAUCCUGGCUGACCACAGCUGGGACGACAUCAUCGGCAACACGGAUAGGGCCAUGGUACCUGGUGCUACCCCACUGCUCUGUGGGAAGGUGUCCAGAGACAUCAAGCAGGAGCUGGAUAAACUCUCCAGUGAAGUACGGAUGAAGAAACUCAGGUGGUUCUCCGAAUGUUUCUCUCCACCAGGGGGCAGUCAUAACCUGUGGGACCUGGUGUCAGUGAUCAACGGGCAGGACGACAGUCUGCUUCCUCAGAGCUACAGCAAGGGCAUCAUGCACAUGAAACACUUGGUCCGCUUCAAAACCUCUGAGGCCCAAGAGCUGACCAUAGUAAAGAUGUCUAAGUUCGGCGGGGGGAUUGGGGCUCCCAGUAAAGAGGAGCAGCUGAGAGACGCAGCAGAGAUCCAUCUCAGACUGGGGCAGAUCCAGAGAUACUGUGAACUCAUGGUGGAACUGGGAGAGUGGGACAAGGCAUUGUCAGUUGCCCCUGGUGUAUCCAUAAAGUAUUGGAAGAAACUAAUGCAAAGGAGAGCUGACCAGCUGAUGCAGGAAGAAAACCAUGAUGUCAUCCCGUACUGCAUUGCCACGGGAGACGUGAGGAAGCUGGUCAACUUCUUUACUGCCAGGGGUCAACUGAACGAGGCGCUGCUAGUGGCUCAGGGAGCUUGUGAAGGCAACAUCCACGUGCCUCAGACCGCCGUAAUCAACCACACAGCCACUACAGACAGUGACGACAUAGAGGCAUAUAACGGGCUGCUGCAGUGUGUAUGUAAGGAGCUAGCGGAGUGGUAUUUCCAAGAUGGCCGUGCUGUGCUGGCGGCGUGCUGUCACCUGGCUGUUGACAACACUGAGCUAGCCAUGGCCAGUCUAAUCCGGGGUAAUGAGCUGGAGCUGGCUGUGUGUGUAGGGCUGGUGUUGGGAGAAUCAGCCAAUCAGGCCACUCACUACGUCCUGGAGCUACUAGCCAGGAAGUACAUGACCGCACCCACCUGCUUUCCAUCAGUUGGAAGCAGGGACCUGGCAGCUGAUCUUCUCCAGAUGAUCCCAGACAACGAGGUCCUGCUGGCCAAGCUGUGUGCCUUCUACCCUGGGAGCUCCUCAGAGAUAAACCAAAUCCAUAAAAAAUGUGGUCUUCCCAGUCUGGAGGAAUGUCAGGCAUUGGCUGAGUCUGCUGUCAGUGAGGGAGACAUCUUCAAUGCUGUCAAGUACUAUCUACUGAGUCCAGAACCCGAGGCAGCCCUGCUUGUUGGCAUCACCCACGUCAAAGAACAACUGAGUGAUUCUGACUGGACCGUAGACUCUGUCCAUCCUAUCCUGGACCUUCUGGGUUACAUUAGAACGGACCGGCUCAUACUUGCCAAGUUCACUGAAGCUCGAAGUGAGCUGCUCAUCCUAUCUGGUUACAUCGGUGCACUGUUGGCCAUCAGAAGACAAUACUCCAGCAUCGUUCCUGCACUUUAUGAGUAUACCAGUCAGUUGAUGAAGAGGAGAGAGGUGUCUGUUCCCCUACAGAUAGAGCAACUCUCUGUAGAGCUGGAGGCAUGGAUGGCCUGCACACCUUCUCUCAUCAACUCCAGGGGUCCUGAUGAUGCUCCCUACACCCCUCCGUCAGAGGCGCAGAAGGCAGAGCACGCCCGCCUGCUAGACAGGCUCCAGAAGGAGCCACUCAGGGGCCUGGAGGGGCCCGACUAUGUCACAGGCUCCAACCUGCCCAGCCAUUCUGACGUCCAGGUCUCCUGCUUUACCGGACUCAGGAUUCAGGGCCCUGUGUUUUUCCUUGAGGACGGUAAAUCGGCCAUAUCAUUGAACGAUGCCCUUAUGUGGGCCAAAGUGAACCUUUUCUCACCUCUGGGGACGGGUGUCCGUCUCGACCCCUUCUAAGACACAGCCUAGCCAAUGAGGACGGGCUACAGGACUAAUGGCAUUUGAUUGGUCAGCCUCCGAGGCCAAGGUCACAUGAUGGUAAAAGGUCAACGUCAGGACCGACACCUGCUCUCCCUGAGAGAUAGAAGGAAGAAGGGAUGGACGUUCCAGAACGGAAGAAGAGAGAUGGAUGGACGAAAGCGAUAAACAAAUAUGCUUAAAAUUAGUUCUCUCCUCCACUAUGUGCUUUUUCUAUGUGGUUUACAAUGUGUGCAGCACAAGUCAUCCAGUCAACAGUGUUACAGCUUCUUAUAGAAAACGUGUUGCCGUACUUAGACACUGACAAAGAGUGUUUGCAUGGUUGAAACGGGUUAUAGUGUUGCUAUGUGGGAGCGAGACCAUUGCAAUACUGCUCUGUCUUGUUUUAGACACGCCAUCACAUGCACAUCAGUCCACAGACAGACAAGUCGACGAGCUAUAUGAUUCUUAUUAUACUCAUGGUCAUAGCACCAGCAUCAUUUGAUUGAUGAAUACCAUAUUUGUGUUGUAUUGCUGUUGGUUUAACGUUGUGCAAUGUUGCAUCAUCAUUUCUGUUUGUAACAGAAAUCCGCCAGCACACACACAGAUACAAGAGCAAAGCAUAUGAUGAUCUAGGCCUACAGUGGUAGGUGAUCGAAAGCAAACAUACUUGUUAGCCUUUUAUUUAGCUUAGCAUCAAUCAACCAAAUAAUUGAUGUAGGACUUGAUUGCUUUCUCAUUAAAACAGCUUAGCAGCAUCGUGUCUGUACAGUACCGUGUUUGACUGUGAAUGUAUAAGACUUCUACUCGACCAAAAAUAAGGAUGUGGACAUGUAAAAUUGUCAAUUAUCCUGUGAAUAGGUUAUUGUAUUGCACAUAAGACUGUAAUUCCUGUUGAGUUGCGCAGUACUGUAUCAGGGAUCACAGUUGCUAGCUAGAAGGGGAGGUAGUUGGUACUGUACAAGGCUAGAAUAAUAGCUGUUAUGAUACUGGAUCCAUAGAAUUAUAAUUUAUAUUCUAUGGUUGGGUCGAUGCUUUAGAAUGUCUCUGAGUCUCGUCGGCAUUACACCGUCAUAAUCAUUCGUAGCCAUCACCUGACUGCAGAAUUUGUAGUGAUUUCGUAUUGAUGAUAAGCUUCUGCAUGGAAUUCAUUAUUACAAUCAAUAUUUGGCAGACAGGGUGACAACCUGCUAAGACUAGCUAACUUAUAUGUUAAAUAAUAUGCCAUUAAACAGAAAGCUAUGAUAAAAAGAAGGCAAUAUUUGAGAAUCCUUUUGCUUUUGAAACACAGACUUGAAUAAAUAGGCUAAUUAAGAAAUUAAAUACCUGAAGGUUGUGCCUUAAGAAAGUAGAAAACGAUUUGUUACAUCUUUAUCACUGCAACAUACAGUAUAUUGGAAAGUAGGUACAUUCAUGUAAAUAGAAUAGGUUUUCUUCCUCCUGCUUAAUGAAACAAACAUUUAUUCAGAUCAUUUGUAAUUGUGUUGUAAUUUUUUUAAUAAUGUAUUGAUAUUACUUUUCCACCUACACUACUGUUCAAAAGUUUGGGGUCACUUAGAAAU